AUGAACGCUAAUAUCAGAAUAAAAACGCAUAUUAAUUUGUUCAAGAAACCAUCCAGCGAUAGUACUUCGGUGGUGAAAUAUAGCAAACAGAAAAUAUGUCAUCAAAGAAGAAGACCAAUACAUUGUCAAAGGUUAAUAACGAACAUUCAAUGGAACAAGGCACUUCAAUUGACUUAAACAACUUUGAUAAUGAUUCAGCAGAAAUUCUCAAGGACGAUUUAAAAAUUGUGUUCAUACCUAAAACAUUACACGAACAUUUUGAAUGUGUCGUAGGAAAACACGUUUUUAUAGAUAAACCGUGGACCAAGAUAUCUCGUAAAAAAAUUAUUGAUAAUUUGCAGUCACAAAAUAUGACCUCAUGUUUUUGGAAAUUUCAAAAGGAAAUUGAAGGUAUUACAAACGAUUAUGUUUUAGUUGGAUAUAAACCCUUUAGUAGUACAGAUGAGGAAUUUUUAUUAUGUACCACGUAUAAAGCAAAACAUUGUAUCGAAGAAACACAAGUACAAAAUAAUAUAGGAGGUGAACUUAAAAAAAAAGUUGAGCGGUCAAUGUGUCGUGUACCAGGUCCUUGGGACUCCAAAAGCAGCGACAAAGAUAUCGAAGAAAUAAAAUCAGUACAAACACGUGAAAAGAUAACAUACAAAUGGAAACUUCCAGCUGGGAGACUUCAAGCUGAAGCAGAAUUUGAGGACUCGAAUUCAAAAUCUGUAAAAAAUGAAUAUGUAAAAUUAGAACCACGGCCAAAAGAAAUCUUCAAAAGUAGUGAUGCUUUAACAAUGGAAUCAAGUGUUCAAGCUGUCAGAAAAAUGAUCAACACAGAAAUGCAGACAAUUCCAAGAAUCAAAUAUAAUAAAUGUAUUCAAUCAGUUGCCGUCGAAGAGGAAAUGUUUCAGUUACAACCUUUAAAUACAUCAGAAAAAGCUCUUGAUGAUUUUUUAAACAAACAUGUUCCUAAGUAAAUAUUUUAAUCUAUAUAAAAAUCAGGGAUGGGCAAGAUACUCAAAAAUCCUUAUCGAGA